UCUACAGGCCUAAAGCGCAACAACCCAAAAUACAGACAUUUUCAUACUCCCUGUCGUGAGAAUCUGAAAUCUCGCGUUACUAUAGUUGUUUUUAUUUAAACUGAGCUCACGUCGACAUUUCUAAUUCUUCGACCCUAAGUCUAUUGGGUGGGCUAUAGAAGACGCUAGUGGGACCUGGCAACCAAACGAAUAUCACAGCUACACACAACAACCCACAAUUCGUCAAAUGCACGUAGUUUCAUUUCGAACUGACUAGUCGUCGACCAAAAUUACUACCUUUGGUAGAUCCAAAAUACAGCAAAACCCAAAUUAUCACUCGCCUUGAAACGCUGAUUUGUUAUAACACUUUGUUUUUGGGGCCGACGUUUAAAAACACAAUGGCGGAGCGUCCCUACAACGAAAUGUAAAAUACAACUCUCAACUUCUUGUAAAUUUUAAUAUCAUCAAAUACAGUCAUCAGGGGCUUCUGCUAUUAUAAAACAGACGUUACGAGUGACAAUUUUAAGCCGUCUUAACAGUACACAAAUGAUAAAACUUUGUGUUUACAGCAUAAUUAGAAAUAUUAAUGCGAGUAAACGAUUCUUCGUGAAAGUUGAAAAGCAGAGAAACCCUUCCUAUAAAUAUAUGCGUUUAAUAUUUAUUUACCUGCUUUGUUGAAUUUUUCUUUUCGCUGUUUAAUCUCUUCCUAAUAUGCAGACUGUACACGCGAGAAAUUCGUUCUGUGUUGCUUCCCCCUUGGCACACCACGCGAGCCCCAGUAAACUGUAGUGCACUCAACUUCAUAGGAUAUCAUUCGUCAGAAGUAGCAAAGACCUAUCUCUCUCUCUCCAAAGCCUCCUUAGUAACCCCUCCCUAACCCCGCAGAACGUACAUACUUGGAGAUAGAAACAUGUUAUGAAUGACUCAUCAAGCCUUCUAUAUAUUAUACCCACGCUUCUGUGUGUCAACAUACGCGAACUAGGAUAAAUGACGAACUGUCCAACUGAUUCAUCUUGUGUUAAAGAUUUGAACUGCAAGGCAUAUUCUUCAUGCAACAAGACAAAACAGUGUGAAUGUGACAAAGGGUAUUUUAUUGACGAUCAGGAUAACUGCACACGAUGUCCAGGCCCAAAUAGUCAAUGUGAGUCUUGCUGCUAUCCUGCAAACAGAUAUAAAUGUGUUGGGGAUCAUAUCAAGACUUGUGUCUGUUGGAACAACUGCAAUGAUUCCUUUGUUUUGGGUGCCCAAGUGGCACUUGGAUCAGCCCUUACAAUAGCCCUUUUGGCCCUUGCAGCUCUGUUCUGGAAGACAUGUCCACGUCGCAAUGGACACUCGUCAUCGUUACUUCAUGAACGAGGGAGCAGCCUCACAUCCAUGCAGCAAUUCAUCCUCCAGCGGCUAAGGGAUCGACCACCACGAUAUGAAGAUAAUAACCAGAUUAGACUAGAGAAGCCACCUUCAUAUCGAGAGACUGUAACAAACUAUGAGGUUACCGACAUAUGGAGCAUCUCACCACCUCUCUACUCCGAGAUAGUGAACACAACAGCAAGCAGCGCCACCACCACUGAAGAGAACAACAAAUCAGCGCAGCCAGAAAAUAUAUCAACUGCAUCCGGCGCCAGAACACAGAUGGCCAACGAGAGGAAACUAAGAGUUGACAUUACUGUGUCAGAGUGCACAGCAGACAACACUGUGUUUACACAGCACGAAGCGAGACAGACAUACCCUUCUGAAACUCAACUGCACAUGUGACACAGCAAUAUGCGAAGCUCUGUACACGAAGUUAACUUACAGCUCGUAUGAAAAGAAGUUUCACUAAUCCAACUUACAGCACUGUAAUUUCUUAAGUUUGUAGGAUUCGAGGUUCUCGUGGUGGCGAGUACAAAGAUGGCUAUCUUCUGGGUCGUAGCACUGAAUAGUCUGGUAGAAGUUUACUGACAUUUCAGAGGAUAAUCAUCAGGGCAAUGAGAGUCAUUGCCCUGAUGAUCGAGGCAGCAAGUACCUCUGAAAUGUCAUUAAACUUCUACCAGACUACAUGGCGCUACAACCCAGAAAAUAGCCACAUUCAUUUAUACAUGAGUCUUCUGUGGUAGUUCGUUACAUACCCUGGAGAAUCACUGGAGACUGCUACUGAAACAGAAAUAUUUGCACAAGUUCUACAAAAUAACAGCUACCAUAUUAUAAGCAAAUCUGUACUCUUCCAGAAUUACGUUUCUCGGUUACACGGGUAAAGCAGUGGAGGGGAGACAGAGUAUGCUGAAUAAAAUAUUUCAUUUUUAUAUAAAAUAAGUAAACAAACAACUAUUAACACUAUAUAAAAAGACACUACUGCCAUAUGCAUUUCAACCUCAAGAGGUCAUCAUCAGUGGCAUCAAGGAAAUGAAUUCAUUUAAUCAAGUGGUUUAAAUUAGAUUUAGAAAAUAGUUCACAGGUACGGACGCAAACACAGCUCGCCGCAGACCAGCUACGGCCACCGAACCGUCGGAUCAAUAGCUAAGUGCAUAGUUAUACUCUGCGAAUAACAUCUAGUGCAGUAUCGCUUGAAAUACUUUUGUGAAACACCUUAUUUAUUUUCUAAAUCCAGUUUAAACCAUUAUAUUAAAUGAAUUAAUUUCCUUGAUGCCACUGAUGAUGACCUCUUGAGGUUGAAACGCGUAUGGCAGUAGUGUCUUUUUUAAUAGUGUUAACAGUUGUUUGUUUACUUAUUUUAUAUUCUAAUACACUACACAGUAUGCAAAGUUUUAAGACUUCAGUUUUAGGUACAUGGUGAAACGCAAAAGUACAAAUGCUUCCAGCGCGAACAAGGCAAUUGCAAUUUUUUGCAGUUCUAUAAAAUGAGUGGGGAUUUGCAGAUUUAAAUCCCACACCAAGGAAGUCUAUAUCAAUGUCCAGCUUGAGGGAUUAUACUGAAAAGGUGAAUGUGAAAACAGGUUUUGGUGGUACAGAAAAGUCAUCAUAAACAUUUGUGGGAAUAGCCGCUAUAAAGAAACAAAGCUUUAGUUCUGUAUCGUUAAUUGCAAUAAUUUAAUUCUCGGAAGUAACAUUUCCUACGGGCAAUACCAGUAUAUCAGAAUUGCAACAAUUCAUAGUCUCUCUUCCUGAAACUGGAUGGCAGCAUGGACAAGAAAUACCAACUUCACAUCAUUACAAUAUUUCACUGAUAUCCCACCUGCUGGGAUACUUUACCACAGAAGUUAUUUAUCCUACACAUGAAGCUCUCCAGUUACUACCAAUAAGCUGGUGCGAGCCUACUGAUCAAAUGCUGCGCUACAUCCUCUCACCACUGUUUUGCAUAAACAGCCAAGAAAUGUAGCAACAGCUCUUCUCUGCGGCUAGCUUCACUUUGGUUACACUGUCUAUAUUAUUUCUGGGCAACACGGUAUGAUACACAAAACAUAAUUACGAGGCUCUCAGAGAUAAAAAUGUAUUAACUGAGCCAUUCAGGUGACACCACACAAUAAGAACAUUCUGAAGGUGUAAUGUAUUCACAUAUAAAACUAUGUAUAAUAUGUAUAUUACAGAAAAGACAAUAUAAACAAAAUAUUUGAUAAA